AUGUCUGGACGCGGAAAAGGUGGAAAGGGACUCGGAAAGGGCGGAGCUAAGCGCCACCGCAAAAUUCUUCGUGAUAACAUCCAGGGUAUCACCAAACCCGCCAUCCGCCGCCUCGCUCGUCGUGGAGGUGUGAAGCGUAUCUCCGGGCUCAUCUACGAAGAGACCCGUGGUGUUCUCAAGAUCUUCCUCGAAAACGUCAUCCGCGACUCUGUGACAUACACUGAGCACGCCAAGCGCAAGACAGUGACGGCGCUCGAUGUUGUGUACGCUCUGAAGCGAUCAGGGCGCACACUGUACGGCUUUGGUGCUUAG